AUGGUUCACGUUUUUGACAAACUUCCUGGGUAUAAAGAUCUUCGUGUUUUGGGAUUUCGGUUGGUUGAAUUUAGAUCUGAUGAUGUGUCAGUCCGCUAUGCUGUGGUGUUUGAGACGAAUGGAGAAGACCAUGACACAGAAUCUAAAACCACUCUAGAACCAGGCACAGAGACAGUUAUUUACACAAACGGGCACAGACUGAAGGAUCUGGUUUCCAAGGCCUUGAGCGAAGAGACAUCCCUGCCUGUGGACAUACAAACACUCAGUUUUGAACCUGAUCCCACUGUUUCUCUACGCAAUGAGUUGGAAGCGACUACCUUGGAGACCUUACUAGAGGAGGUUGUUGGGCACACUGAAGGUUUCUUACCAACUGUUGCUGUCGGAGAGGAAUUUCUUAAAGAUUUUACAGACACACCCGAGGAACUCACUGUUGUGCCCUUAGGUGACUCAGUUACUGUUCUCCUCACCGAGGCUACCACUGCCUCCCCUGCCAUUGAAGUAACUCCCAAUUCUCCCCAAGAGGAACUUAGUGAGGGUCCUCCCUCAGAAGAAGUAGAGUUGUCUCCAGUGGCGGCUACAGAUGAGAUGCUUGAGGUAGAUGCUACAGAGGAGAUGCUUGGGAUAGAGGAGCCUGCAGUGGAUGUUACAGAGGAGACGACUGAGGUAGAGGAGCCUGCAGUGGAUGUUACAGAGGAGACGACUGAGGUAGAGGCUACAGAGGAGACGAUUGAGGUAGAGGAGCCUGCAGUGGAUGUUACAGAGGAGACGAUUGAGGUAGAGGAGCCUGCAGUGGAUGUUACAGAGGAGACGACUGAGGUAGAGGAGCCUGCAGUGGAUGUUACAGAGGAGACGAUUGAGGUAGAGGAGCCUGCAGUGGAUGUUACAGAGGAGACGGCUGAGGUAGAGGAGCCUGCAGUGGAUGUUACAGAGGAGACGACUGAGGUAGAGGAGCCUGCAGUGGAUGUUACAGAGGAGACGACUGAGGUAGAGGAGCCUGCAGUGGAUGUUACAGAGGAGACGACUGAGGUAGAGGAGCCUGCAGUGGAUGUUACAGAGGAGACGAUUGAGGUAGAGGAGCCUGCAGUGGAUGUUACAGAGGAGACGAUUGAGGUAGAGGAGCCUGCAGUGGAUGUUACAGAGGAGACGACUGAGGUAGAGGAGCCUGCAGCAGAUGUUACAGAGGAGACAAUUGAGGUAGAGGCAACAGAGAGGACGCUUGACGUAGAGGAGACUACAGUGGAUGUUACAGAGGAGACGACUGAGGUAGAGGCUACAGAGAGGACGCUUGAUGUAGAGGAGCCUGCAGUGGAUGUUACAGAGGAGACUAUUGAGGUAGAGGCUACAGAGAGGACGCUUGAUGUAGAGGAGACUGCAGUGGAUGUUACAGAGGAGACGUUUAAAGUAGAGGAGCCUCCAGUGGAUGUUACAGAGGAGACAAUUGAGGUAGAGGAGCAUGCUGUGGAUGUUACAGAGGAAACGAUUGCAGUAGAGGAGCCGCUGGAUAUUACAGAGGAGAUGAUUGAGGUAAAGGCUACAGAGGGGACACUUGACCUAGAGGAGCCUGCAGUGGAUGUUAAAGAAGAGACAUCUGAGGUAGAGGCUACAGAGGGGACACUUGAUGUAGAGGAGUCUGCAGUGGAUUCUACAGAGAAGACGAUUGAGGUAGAACAGCCUCUAGUGGAUGCUACAGAGCAGACAAUUGAUAUAGAGAAGACUGUGGAUGCGACAGAGGACUACCUUUGGGUUUGGCCACCAGUUACAAGAACGGCUGUUACAGAACAGCCUACCACCAAAAUGAUUACUCUCUUCCCCCCUGAGGAAGAUGCUGAGGAGACCCUCCCAACUGUUGAACCUAAGGAAGAUGAAGGACCCACAACUACUGAGGCGGCUUUAGAGAAGCAACCAGACGGAGACAAUCAAAUGAUCACCACUACAGCAUCUCUACACGUAGAACCUGCAUCCAUCGAAACAUUCACCACUGUUACACAAUCACCAAACAUGCCUUUAUCUGAGGGUGAUGUCAUCCAAGCAGAGCCUGAGGAAGUCCCCUCAGCAAAUAUUCCCCCUGGACCUUCAGAAGGAUGGGACACACUCCAAGAUGAGGAACCACUUGAGACGGACAUGGAUAUCUCUAAUGACUCGGACAUACAGGAGGAUGUAGAAAAGGUAGAGGACGGUACAGAAGCCGCCAAUACGCUGGACGAGUUUGGCAGUGGAUUAGAAGGCCCAUUUGAGUCCACCGCACCCCCAGCACUCACACACAUGAACACUCCUUUAAUGGCCAGUACUGGAAAAGCCAAAGAAAUGGUGGUGUUCUUUAGUUUGCGAGUCACUAACAUGAUGUUUUCAGAGGACCUGUUCAACAAAAGCUCUCCUGAGUACAGGUCAUUGGAGAAUACCUUUCUUCAGCUGGUAGGUAAACACAUAUUUGUGCUCGAUAUUAUCUCUCUGCAUGCCUUGUUGUCAUACCUGUAUUUUUAG